GCAUAUCUCUAAAAGUGAAAAGUAAAAAAAUGUAUUAAAAGACAAACAAAAGAGUUCACUUCUCCUUCAAUUUGGGGUUGUUUGUUCUAGCUUCCUUUUUUUUUUCCUGACAUUUUGAAGCACUAAAUUAUGGUUUUGUCAUUUUCCUAAAAGGGGGUCAUUUCUCAACCUGUAAGAGUCAUUUUGGUGUUUUUUUAAGUUGAAAAAUGCCAGACAUUGAAGUGCUUGUGAAUGAUUUUGUUGCAAAGCUCAGUAAACGUAAGGUUGAAGGGUCACAAGCAACUGCUCGUUUAACGGCAGAGUUGCUUCGUUCUGUAGUUUCAUUGCAAAGACUGCCACCUAUCAAUCCAGCUGCAGUACUUAUUGAAGCUGUGAGGGGUAUAGGCGUAAAGUUAAUCGCUGCCAAUCCGGUUGAGCUUGCUGUUGGAAAUAUUGUUAGGCGUGUUCUUCAUAUUAUCCGGGAGGAGGAUCUUUCUCUUUUGGCCAGUAAAACAGGCGACUUAGAUUUAUCAGCUGCAAGUGAUGAUGAAGGAACCAUAGACCACGAUUGUGACCCAAUUCAGUCUGCUGCAGCAGCUGCAGCUAAAAGCUUUUUACGAUCUCCCUCAUUGCAUGCACUUCUGGAGAAUAUGCCCGAUAAAGCUUUACCGAGUAACAUAUACACCUCCUCUUCGGGUGGAGAUUCUGAAGAGAAAAGCAAAGCUGAUAAACUUGCCAGGACUCGGAAGUUAAAACAUGACGUCAUUGAGGCAAUUAACAUACUAAUUGAAGAUAUUGAUACUUGUCAUGAGCUGAUCGCAGAGCAGGCAGUUGAGCAUAUUCAUCAAAAUGAAGUAAUACUAACAUUAGGUAGUUCAAGAACUGCCUUGGAAUUCCUCUGUGCCGCAAAAGAGAAAAAACGGUCUUUCCGGGUGGUUGUUGCAGAGGGUGCGCCAAGGUACCAGGGGCAUGCUCUUGCAAAAGAGCUGGUAGGAAGAGGUCUACAAGCUACAGUCGUAACAGAUUCUGCUAUUUUUGCAAUGAUUUCUAGAGUAAAUAUGGUUAUAGUGGGAGUUCAUGCAAUGAUGGCCAAUGGUGGUGUUAUUGCACCUGUUGGUAUGAACAUGGUCGCACUUGCUGCUCAAAAGCAUGCUGUUCCAUUUGUAGUAGUUGCCGGCAUUCACAAGUUGUGCCCUUCAUAUCCACACAAUCCAGAGGUUUGUCUUAAUGACAUGAGAUCCCCUGCUGAACUUCUGGAAUUUGGGCAAUUUUCCAAUUGCAUGGAUUUUGGAAUGGAUAGUAGGGCUCCUCUUGUUCAAGUUGUUAACCCCGGUUUUGACUACGUGUCAGCUGAGCUUGUUAGCCUUCUCAUCACCGACAUUGGAGGCCAUAACCCAUCAUAUAUGUAUCGUCUCAUUUCCGACUACUACUCAGCUGAUGAUUUUGAUUUACAAGGGAGACAACGUAAAUGAAGGUGAUUGGAGUAGAAGUUACAGCCAGAAAUGGCUUCCUUACAUAGAAGAAUGUCGCUGUGCACCUUGACUCAACGGACAGUUGUUGAUGGCUGCAGAGUGUGGAACAGAUGGGACUGAGAUUAACCAAAAAUCAAAUGGAAAUUGUUAAGCUUUUUCCAUGUGGUUGUUCUGUUUGCUUAAAGGAUAGCUCUAAGUGAGCUUUAGCUGAAAUACUCUUCAUCAUACUGUAGUCUGUUCAGUCUAUGUUUGACUUGUUUACUGUAAGAUCCCAAAGGUGGUAAUACUAGCUUGUUUUCUUCUUGUUAUAGAUGAAUGUGCCUUUUUUUUUC